AUGGAUGAAGAUAGCGAGUGGGAUGAUUCCAGCUACGGCGACUCCAGUGAUGAUGACAGUAAUCACGGGAACGACUCAAAUGACUUGCAGAACCUUGAUCCCGACGAUUUCGGCACCUCUGAUGUCGGUUCAUGGCUCCAAGAGAACAGGGGUGCGUGGACGACUGCCCCAGCGGUAGGAGACUGGCCUCGAAUCCGGACUACAGGGUCCACAAGCAAGAAGGCCUGGGACCUGAACAUGGCUAUUGAGGCAGCCUUUCGGGAGUUCAAAAUAGCCGGUGCGCCGGCCAAUGUGGAACAACGCCGCAUUCUUCGUGAGUCGCAUUUAACUCGACUUCUGCGACAAGUCAUCUAUCACAUGCGCGAUUACUUCGACGAAAACAGAAACUGUUCAGCCGAAAGCUCCAUGGUACGAAAGACUCGCGCAGCCGCACUUAAUGCUAGGUCCAAGCACUUGACUGGGGGCACCCCAGAGGAGGUAUCGAAACUCUUGCCAGCUCACUCACAGGUCCUUGCCUGUGUAUUUGUGACCCCAAACGGUAUUCUCAACGGCACUCUUUCAGGGGCUCUCGUGGCAUGCAACCAGCGUCAUCUGUUUGGUAUUGGAAAGAAGAGACUGCGCAAGCAGCUCUUUCCAGUGACAUGA